AUGACAGCGUCUACAGAAGCCAACGGCUUCUCCAACCACAAUGGCUCAAGCCAUGGCUCUACCACGCCCUUGCAUCCAGGCCUAUACGUGCCUACCGUUGCAUUCUUUACUCCUGAAGAUACCAUCGACGAAGAGACGACAGCAUCACACGCCAAGCGCCUGGUUGAGGCCGGCGUCACGGGCAUCGUGACCCACGGGUCCAACGGCGAGGCUGUCCAUCUCGAUCACGCCGAGCGACAGCUCGUCAACCGCAUUACUCGUUCAACCAUCGAUGCUGCUGGCAGAAGUGAUAUGCCCCUUAUUGUUGGAUGUGGCAGUCAAUCUACACGAGAGACAAUACAGCUAUGCCGUGAGGCUGCCGCGUCCGGAGGAACACACGCUCUCGUCCUGCCACCGGCGUAUUACGGAAGCUUGCUGUCGACGGACCUCAUCAUGGGCCACUUCAAAGAUGUGGCCGAUGCUAGCCCAAUCCCCUUGCUGAUAUACAACUUCCCAGGCGCGUGCAGCGGGUUAGAUGUCAGCUCGGAUACCAUCCUGGCCUUGGCUGAGCAUCCCAAUAUUAUCGGCGUUAAGCUGACCUGCGGCAACACGGGCAAGCUGGCUCGGGUUGUUGCCGGCACACGUGGGACGACUUUCAGGACCUUUGGCGGUAGCGCCGACUUUGCUAUUCAGACCCUGUCGGUGGGCGGGCACGGUGUGAUUGCUGGACUGGCCAAUGUGGCACCCAAGGCCUGUGCUGAGGUUAUGCGAUUGUGGACAGAAGGCAAGACGGAGGAGGCGAUGCUGCUGCAAGGGGUUGUCGCUUCUGGCGACUGGACCGCCAUCAAGGGCGGCUUUGUCUCUGUCAAGGCCGCGCUCAAGAGAUAUUACAGCUACGGCGGCGAGCCUCGAAAGCCCUGUGCCUAUCUGGAGGGCAAGGCCUUGGAGGCACAACUGCUGGGCUUUUCCGAGCUGGUCGAGACGGAGAGGAAGCUAGAGGCACUAGCUUAG